AUGGCAGGCGAAGGCCAUGCUCUCCAUUCAAGUCCUCAAGAUCAAUACCUCGAAAUCAAAUCAACCAUGGAUCGUGGUCUCGCAGUGUUCGCUGUUCGCAAGAUCAAAGCCGGGACUUUGAUCCAUUGCGAGGACCCGUUGUUCUCACUUUGUAAAGACGAGGAAGACGACCACUCUGCAAUUCAACGCGAGUUCUCGAAACUGCCCCGUGCUAGUCAAAGGAGGUUUCUGAAGCUCUUUGAUGCCGAGAAAUCACGCAUGCCCCGAGUCGUUUCCAUUUACUACAGUAAUUGUUACAACCUCGACAGUUUCGCUCCUGAUGGGAGAGGUGGAUCUGCAAUCGGCGACCUCUCCAGCAGGUUUAACCACUCAUGCAUUCCAAAUGUCCAGUUCUCGUACAACUUCGAUCGCCGUCAAAUGAUGUUCUAUGCCAUCAGGGACAUACCGCGUGGAAAGGAGGUAUGCAGUAGUUAUGACAAGAACCUCUUCGAAAUCGCGACGAGAAGGAGGCAGAAGCUUCAAAUGUACUAUGCUUUUGUCUGCCAUUGCGAGGCUUGCGAAGGAGCGAAUAAAAACGAGUUUUGGGGCAGAAGUGAUGAGAGGCGAACAGCUAUGCGAGACGCAUUCAAGCGUGUGCAGUGUUGCGAGAAGGUCUUUCUCAACGAGAACAUCGAAGCCCAGGAGCCAAGGUUCGAGCACAAAGAUAGGGCCAUCGAAGAAGCGAGAUCUGCUCUGGGAAAGUUGGAAACUCUCUUACUCAAGGAGGGCUUGACGGGUGUCGUGUUGGCAAACAUAUACCGCAGCUUAUCGAAAUGGUCUGAGCGAAAGCAGCUUCUGGUCGAAACCGUGAAAUGGAAGGAGAUGGAGCGACUUCACUGCGAAUUGGGCCUUGGUGGUCACGCACUUAGAACGAAGGAGGCGGCAGAGAAACUAGCGGACUUGAAAGGGAGGUUUCCAGCAUAG